AUGGCUGCCACACAAGACGGUGAAAAUGUUCUAGUUGAAAAUGUGGUGCAGGAAAGUGGAGAAUUUGAUAAGGAAUUGUUUUUGCAAGUCCUCAGAGGAAAUCUUUGUCUCAAAUGUUCAAUCAGGAAGGUAGGUAUAGAUCGACUCGCUCUGUGGCUAUAUUUACAGGCCUGUAAACAAAUUCAUGCAGUCAUUUUUACAACACCAAUAGUUUUAUGAUAAUUGAAAAAUGACACAAUGUGGACAUUAGGCCUUUUUGUUUUCAAUAACUUUUCUGUGCUAAAAGAUGGCAGACAGUUUGAUAUUUAUAUUUAGAACAUACUUAGACCAGGUUGGGAAACCAGAGUCAUAGCCAGGGCUGGGCCUUCAACCAGUCACGAAAACUCAAACAUAGGCAAUGUUUUUUGUCCAUUGGGUGGCAAAUGCUAGCAAGGCCAAUUUAAGGUGCGAGACAUGGACUGUUAAUGAGUGUAGCUGUGAUUGGGAGCAAGUUUUCCAACCUGGGUUAUAGAUGCAUCCCUCUCGCCUCCACAGAGGCUUUGUUUUAUUGUUGUAAAAUAACGAGAGGAUGCAUCCGCCAAGAGGGACUACUCUGUUACACACAGGAUAGGGGAGCUUAGGUUCCUUUAUUGGGUCCAUAAUGUGGCCAAAAUUUACUUUUAUGGGGUAUGUCACUUGUACAGUUAUUUAUUGGGCUCAAGAAGCUCUGAAUUAAUUUUUUAUCCAAAGUGGAGAAAAUGUCAAAAAUAUGUUUUAGGUAUCUAAGGGAAAUAAAAUUAUUUUAGAGGUUCAUUUCAAAGCAAGAAAUUAUUUUUCAUGGAUUUAAUGUUUUGUAUUCCAGCCUAACCAGCCCUAUCCUAAGAAUGUAAGGGUACAAUGUGUAGUCAAGGGGGGGGGGGGGAAAUCCAGGGGCCCAACUGCCAUAGUUUAAAUAAAGUUAGUUUAUUAUGUGAAAAUGUAGUUGGACUCCCAUGCUAUCCAUGCAUAAUAUAGGACUACUAAUUUUUAGGGGGUCUGGGGUAUGCUCCCCUGGGAAAAUUUUUAAAUUCGAGAGUUGGUAAAGUGCCAUUUUGCCAGAGGGGCCCACCUCCCUCUGGCUAUGUGACUGUCAGGGUAUGCCCCUGGGAGAUACGAACACAAAUUUUAUUUUUUCCCUUAGUUUUAUACCUACAGAAAGUAUUCAAGAACCUCAAAGAUUCAUUAAAAAAUGCCUUGAUAAAAGAAGAGCUUUAUCAAAGUCUGGAGCAGCUGCUUCUGCACUUCCAACCUGCAAAUACUUCAAGGUUAUGAGAUUUCUACAUGAGAAAACUUACAACUUGGAAACCCAUAGCAAUGUUGAUUUGGAAAUUCAGGCAGUAUCAAAUAAUUCAUCGGAUCUAUCAUCUUCUUUACCAUCUCAAAGCUCUGGUUCCAUCUCCUUCCAGUUCUUCCAGCAUCUCUGAUGAUGCAAAAUGUGCUAAAGGAAAGUGUACUACUACUAAUGAUCAAAAUGACCCAUUUCUUGACCAAGUGACGAGUAUGGAUGAAAAGAUGAUUAAUUAUUUGGGGAAAAUGAAAGAUAAAGAAGAAAAUGAAAGAUAG